AUGACGACACCUUCUAGGGAACACUGGCCCAAGAAACCUAUUCUUGAUUACUCAUAUGCAGCUAUGAUUGGAAGAAGUUUCCUAACCACCGCGCGCUAUAGUAAAGAUGAAUUCAUACGUAUUAACGUCGGAACUCCGCCAAAUAUCGACACCUUUUAUGUCUCCAAAAUCCGUCUUGCCUACUACUCACCUUACUUCCGUACAUCCUUGAACUUUCCAAGAGAAGAUAGUCAAGUCAUCGAGCUUCCAGAUACUUGUCCCAAGAUAUUUCGUCAUAUCGUUCAAUACAUGAACACUGGAACAAUUAUCAUCCCAGAGUCUGAUGAGGUCAUCGUAGACCACAACUAUUCAGAAAAUACACCAAGGGAACGGCACCUGGAUCUCCCUAUCCUUGUCCCCAUUUGGUUUCUAGCUCACUAUCUUUUGAUUCCUCACAUUCAGAAUAUUGCUAUACACCUCAUGUAUGCACGUGUAACCCAUAGUGGAGACAUACGAGCAUCUAUCGUUGACGAAACGGUUGCUGCGUUGGAUAUUGCAUGUGGUACGGACGGAACUGUGGUCGAAGAAGACAAUAAUGUAAUCGAUCUUUUACAGCGUUGGAUGAAUUGGAUUUCAGAUAUUGGCCCUUGGGCUGACGAUCAAACGGAUCGAAUUUCGGGAAAGGUUUUGGGUAUUAUGGCAGCCAGUUCGCGAGAAAAUGAUAAAUCGCAAGAUUAUAAUGGUUAUUACAUACCAAUGCGAGCUGACAUAGGGCAUGUAUUUCAUUAUUACGUCGAGGACAAGAUUGACGGGGGAGAUGUCGUGGAGGGACUGCCAGAUUUUCCACCCUAUAGAGAUUCAUAUGAAGCUUAG